GUAAUUGAGUGGGGACCCCAGCUUGUAAAAACCUUGUAAUUGCAUAUUUGCAUACGAUUUACUCUUACUUUAGAAGUUGGCACUUCCAGCCCCCCAACUUUAUCCAUCAUAAAUCUUUUCUGUGUUUCAGUUCGUGACAUAGCAUAAUACAUAUAAAUCAUUAUUAUCAUUUUAUUCUUGUCAUUUUUAUUUUAUUUUUUUGCAGCUGCUCUGUGUCAAUUCCGUUACACUGCAUACAGAACUCGUUUUGCAGGGUACAUGAAUAUCAGAUGGCCUCGUGUAUUGACGCCAACAUACCUAUCUCAGCUCAUUCGAAACCAAAAGAGCCCGUUGAAGGCGCUCAAAAUUUUUAAUGAAGCAAGGAACAAAUAUCCGGACUAUCGUCACAAUGGUCCUGUGUACGCCACCAUGAUCAAGGUUCUAAGCACGUCAAAUCGAAUGGCUGAUAUGAAACAAGUGAUUGAUCAGAUGAAACAUGACUCCUGUGAGUGCCAAGAUUCUAUCUUUUCACUUUCAAUUAAGGCGUAUGCAAAAGCUGGAAUGUUAAAUGAAGCCAUGUCCCUCUUUAAAAAUCUUGAUCAGUUUAACUGUGUGAAUUGGACAGAAUCUUUUAAUACUAUAUUGCGGAUAAUGGUGGAAGAAUCUGAACUUGAAUCCGCUCAUGAACUUUUUUUGGCGAAUUUUAGUAGAUGGGAGUUGAAAUCUCGUACACAUUCAUUAAGUUGGCUGAUUGAUGUUCUUUGUCAGAAGAAACGUUCUGACCUUGCACUAGAAGUAUUCCAAGAAAUGAAUCAUCAGUACUGUUAUCCGACCCGUGAUACUUAUCAAAUACUAAUGAAGGGUUUAUGUGAAGAUGGAAGAAUUAAUGAAGCAAUUCAUUUGUUAUAUUCAAUGUUUUGGCGAAUAUCAAGAAAAGGCAGUGGUGAAGAUGUAUUGGUAUAUAAAAUCCUAUUAGAUACUUUAUGUUCAUAUGGACAUGUUGAGGAGGCAUCAGAUAUUCUAAAUAAGGUCUUGAGAAAAGGUUUAAAGGCCCCCAAGAAGAAACGUAUGCAGCUUGAUUUUAACAUGUGUCGAAAUGGUAGAGACAUAGAAAAAGCUAAGAGUUUAAUUGGUGAUGCCCUUAUUAAAGGUGUUAUUCCUAGUUAUGAAAGUUAUAAUGCAAUGGCAAUUCAAAUUUAUGCAGAGGGUGACUUAAGUGGUGCAGAAAGAAUAGUUCAAGAAAUGCAUGAUCAAGGGUUUAAACCGGGAGUUCUAAUAUAUGAAGCUAAAUUGACAGCUUUAUGUAAAAAAGGUAUGACUGAUGAGGCCGAGAAGGUGAUUUCAGAAGAUAUGGUGGAGGCAAACCGUGUUCCAACUGUUCAUCUGUAUAAUAUCCUAAUUAACGGUCUUUGUAAUGACGGGAAAUCCAAACAGGCUCUCGGGUAUCUAAAGAAGAUGUCUAAGCAGUUGGGAUGCGUUCCUAAUCCGGAGACAUAUUCCAUAUUGGUAGACGGUCUUUGUCAUGAUGAGAGUUAUAUUGAUGCGAGCCAACUUUUAGAGAAAAUGUUGGUGAACUCAUAUUGGCCAGAAACGGAUACUUUUAGUACAGUUAUUCGAGGUCUUUGCGUGAUGGGCAGACCAUAUGAAGCAAUUAUAUGGUUAGAAGAGAUGCUUGGCCAAGAAAAGACACCUGACCUUUCAGCAUGGACUUCUCUGGUUGAAUCUGUUAUCUAUGAUACGAGUUCUAUCGAGGUUUUCUCUGAAUUAUUGGAGUAAAACUGUAUGUAUUUAAAAUCUGUGUUUGUAUAUCUAAUAUUCUGAACAAUACAUGUUCAAUGUAAGGUGUAAUAAACUCAUUGUGACUAGUUGUAUUCUUAACUUGUAUGAGCAUACUAUCUUCUUACCUCUUA